CCGGUCAAUUGCACAUUGCACCCGAGACCGGAGCCACAACCGUCAACAACCGUUUAAUUAAACAUGGCUGACGGCUCGAUCCAAAGACGUACGAUUAAACAUUAUCGAAAAGUUUAUCAGACCUGGCUGACCAUCCUUCUGGAAUCCACCGCAUUAUUACGCGAUCUGCGUACGUUACGUCGCGCGUGACAUAAUCGCUGCUCCAAGGACUUGUCCGAGUUUCUGCAGGGUGAGGUUAUAUUCCCUCAAAUGAACUGUGUAAUCCUACCAAACAUAGAGUACAAUGUUUCCAUAUUUACGACCACGAUUGUUGCCAAUCACGAUUAAAACAUCCAAUUUGAAAAUACUCGGAAGGCAAAUAUCAGAUUAUAAGCAGGGUCAAUCUCCUGAGCCUAAAGUUCGAGAAUAUUUCUAUUAUAUCGAUCAUCAAGGAAUGCUGUUCUUGGAUGAUGCUCGCAUGAAAAAUUUCACAUCAUGUUUUAAAGAUAAAAAAUUUUUGUCGUUCUUCUUCAAGCUCUUAAAGAAAAAUGAGACAGGAAGGUAUAUGGAAGACUUCCCGUACAUUUCACUUUGCGGUCGGGAAAGAAAUUUUGUUAGAUGCGAUGAUCUGCCAGUAGUAUUUACUAAAAUUCUGCAAAAACAGGAUAAUGAAACAGGAAAGGAGGUAGACUGGUUUGGCUAUGCACAUGCGGAAGAAUUUUUGAUGGUACCUUUUGAACCAGGAAAAUUAUACAUGAAUAUUCGGACUGGAAGAGUGUACCAUCCUGCACCAGAAAGAGUAGGAGGAAUAGGUCUAGUAAGAUCAAAAAUAGCAAUUGAGCUAAGCACAUUAUUUAAGUUUGAAAAAGGUGAAGAUCAUGGUCCAACUCACUUUCUGUGGAAAGAUGAAAGGUAUUUGCUUGAUUCUGAGUGGUGCAAGGACAAAGUACUACAGACUAUGAGCUAAAAAUAAAUAAACUUUAUUUUUAAUUAAAAAAGGAAACAAAGUACAAUAUAUAUAUGAACAACUUUCAUAAAAUGUACAUAGAUUUUAGAUAAUAACAAAGAUUUUAUAUUUUUCUCUAUGUAAUAGAUUACGUUAUGAUAGAGAUGAAAUAUCAAAAAUUCUGGCUGUGGAA